AUGACUGACUUUCACCUGCAUAUCGAGGGGGCCAGACCAGCGUGGGAGUGGUUCCAAGAGUUAUUUGGUGAGCUUCCGCCACCGGAUAAGAGAAAGUUAUACACAGUCCACUUCACAUGGUUCUAUGAGAGGUUCAGGGUGUUACCGGCUGAUGAUUCCAAGGAGACCGUGCGCAUAUAUGCACGUGCGUAUAUUAUGACGCUUCUGUCGACACAGCUAUUCAUUGACAAGAGUGGUAAUCGGGUCCACUUUCGGUGGUUGCCAUUUGUGGCGAGACUUGACGACAUGGACAGCUAUAGCUGGGGUUUAGCUGCGUUGGCAUGGUUGUACCGAUGCAUGUGUAGGGUGGCAAAUAGAAAUGUCACCAACUUGGUCGGGCCCCUACAGUUGCUACAGUCAUGGAUCUUUUGGCGGUUCCCCACACUGAGGCCACAGGAAUUUGACACUUUUUCUUUUCCGUUGGCAUCCAGAUGGGCCACUUAUUUACCCACGUCUGAUGCGAAGGAACAAAAGAUUAUUCAGUAUCGCCUGGCAUUAGAUUGA